UUCAUUUCCCUACACCCCGUAACAAACUAAUUGGAUUUAUGUGUAUCAAUAUGAUGAGUUUUCUUCCAAAGAUGAUGAUCGUCCUCAUUUUUUUUGAAAUGUUUUUUAAUGUUGCCACUUCGCAAAAUGAAAGUAUUCAUAUAAAUUAUGAAGUAUCUUGGGGCAGAGAUCAUAUCUCAUAUCUCAAAGGUGGACAAGAAGUUCAGUUGUCCUUGGAACGAUUUUCAGGGUGUGGAUUUAUGUCAAAAGCUUACUAUGGGUCUGGAUUCUUUCGAAUGAUGAUUAAAGUACCUCCUAAGGAUUCUGCAGGCGUUGUCACAGCUUUUUAUCUGCAUAGAGAUAUAGGCGACGUACAUGAUGAGUUAGACUUCGAGUUCUUGGGAAACAGGCCAGGCAAGAAGAUUAAGUUGCAAACAAAUGUGAUCAUAAAUGGCAUUGGCGGGAGAGAACAAGGAAUCUAUCUUUGGUUUGAUCCCACAGCAGAUUUUCAUGAAUACAGAAUUCUAUGGAACCAACACCAAAUUGUGUUUUUUGUCGAUGACACACCAAUAAGAAUAUUCAAGAACGACAACUACACAAGUGUAAUCGGGUACCCAAGUCUGCCAAUGCAAGUGCACAUAAGCAUAUGGAACGCGUCUUGGGCCACUGAUGGAGGAAAAACCAAAAUCAUUUGGUCGCAUUCACCAUUUCAGGCCCAUUUUCAAUAUUUUCAUAUUGAUGGGUGCCCUUCAGAUCAAAAUAUCCCAAACCAAGACUGUUAUUCCACGAAAUAUCGGUGGAAUAUAGAAAAGUACUGGCAGAUAAACCCUCGUCAAAAGAAAAAAUAUGAUAAUGUCCGAAAGAAAUAUUUGUAUUAUGACUAUUGUACCGGUAAAGGUGUCACUCGUCCAGAGUGUGUUGGGCAUAAUUUAACAAUUUGAUUGUUAAGUACUAUUGGAUUUGUCUGUUUUGGUCGAUUGUUGUUGCUUGAUUGA